AUGGUCAGUAUAAUGGUUUUAGUCAAUAAUGUCACUUUCGUGUGCUCCAACAUAGGGUUAAAUCUUGGUGCCAGACAAAUGGAAGUAAAUCAAGCAGUUUUCUCUACUCCUUUGAUCCAGCCAAAAACAGGUAUACCAACCAUCAAAUUUUUGCCUCCACCACCUAAUGUUGUCGAUCUGUGUUCAUUAGCAUAUGCAAAUUUGACAUCAGAAAUAUCGAAACGAUGGCAAUCUUGCACCUGCAAAAGUUCCUUUCCACAUUUCCAUUGUUCGCAGUGUUUUGCAUUUACGUAUAAUUUUAUUUCGAAAAAAUUCACAAGCAUACAUUAUGGAAGACCUUCAACUUUAUACAGGUAUCCUAAACUGCCAACUUUUGAAAAAUCAAAGUAUAAAUUAAUAAAAAUAUUGUUUAUGAAAAAGCCAGUUGGCAAGAUUAUAGCAACAAGACAAUGGGUUACAAAAUCAUAA